AUUUGUUGAUCCUCAAAGUUAACAAUACAUCAUAUUGAACAAUAAGUAGUAGAAUGAAAUCAUUAUUGAUUUUAUGUUAUUAAAAUGUUAUUAUUUUUUGUAUAAAUUAUCUAGGUAUUUGAAUAAAAUUUCAUGGAACAAUCAAUCCGUGUUCCUAACAUCAUAGUCAAAAUACUGCUAGAACGCUGUGUUGUAUUUUUCCAUUUACGAUUUACUAAUGUUAGGUUAUGAUUACUAGUUCUGGUCUUCUCGUUCUUCUUCCUUUUCGAAGUUUGCAGUUCAACGUGUAAGCUCAAUUUUCGGAUAAAAUGGUGAGUAAACGUUUUAUAUCAACCAUUUCUUGACUUAUUAAAACAUAAAAAUAAUAUUUCACAAAGUUAUAAAAGUAUUUUACUAAAUUAAGAAUAAAUUAAUAUAGGGUAAUAGUUUUCUCUUGGCCAUGCUCUAUGCCGUUCAUGUACCACACAGAGUAUAUAUAUAUCUGUGAUACAUUAAGAUUUUAUUUGUAAAUUAUUACAAUAUUUUUAUAAAUUUUUCAUAUAAAGAACGUUUAUUGAACACAUUCAAUCUAUAUAUUAAGUACAAAAAACAAAUUUGAUUUUUGUUAAAAUGUGUCAUAAAGAAAUACCCGUCGUCGACCUUUACUGUGUAAACCUUCUGUGUGACCAUUAAAUUUGUAGGUUUUUUAUAGGGUAAAAUCUAUGUGAAAAAAGUACAAUUUUUGUUAAAAUUAACAAAGUUAUUAAUUAAUGCCGUUUGGCGUUUAUUUUAAUAAAAUAAAUACAAAUUAUCUAUACAUUUCAAUGUAUAAUAACAAAUAGUCUAUGUACUUGUUAAUAACAACCAGAUUCAAAUUACAUUUUUCAUUAGGUAUUGUAUAUCUCACUUUACCGUAAAAAAAAAGGUUUUUGUAUGUAAUAAAUUUUAAUCUGUUUGCGGUUGCGUAUUUGGGGGAUGCUCUGGCGUUAAAUAUCUCACCCUCUAAUUUUGGUUAAUUGUAGGAAUUAUAUCAUGUAUAUUUGAGUAUCUAUGAAAAAAUAUAUUUCUCAACAAAAAAUUUUUUUUCUACACGUACAUUAAAAGGAAUUAAAUUUCAAAUUGUUUCUUUGUUUUAAUACAUUUAUAAAUUUAAUACCUGUAUAAAAUGUGCACAGUUUUAUAAUUAAUAAUGUACAAUAUUAUUUUUACUAUUUAGCCUUUCAAGAGAUUUGUUGAGACAGGCCGUGUGGUCUAUGUUGUUGAGGGUCCAUACAAAGGCAAAAUAUGUUGCAUAGUAGACUGUAUUGACCAAAAAACUGUAAUUAUUUAAAUACUAUUUACUAUUUUUUUUUUUUUUUUAAAUGCUAUUGUCUUUUCAUCUUUAAAUUGUGCUCGAUUUAUAGGUGUUGGUUGAUGGUCCUGAAUCUGGAGUCCCCAGAUCUAAAAUGCGUAUCAGCCAAAUUCACCUAACCAAAUUUAAGGUAAACUUCCCAUACAAUGGAUCAACCAGAACUGUGCGUCAAGCAUGGAUCAAAUCUGAUUUGAGCAAUUUGUGGAUCAAGAGUAGAUGGGCUGAGAAAGCUGCCAACAGAGAAAAAGUUAGUACAGAGUUUAAUUAUUUUAUAUCAUUAUACUAAACUUUAUAUUUAAUACAUUUUAGCGUGCUUCUUUGGGCGACUUUGAAAGGUUCAAGCUUAAGAGGGCCAGAAGAAUUAGAAACAAGAUUAGGACUAAUGUUUACCAAGCUCUGUUUAAUAAAACUUACUGUCCAAAAAAGAAGGUAGUAAAGAAGCCUAAAGAAGAAGUUAAAGCAGAAUAAAUUUGAGUUUGAAUUCAUGUAAAUUGUUUUUUUUCUUUUAGUUUAGUCAUUUUAUUUGACUUGCUAAAGUUUUAUAAUUCCUAAACCUAAUUCCUCGUUAUGUAUACUGUAUAUAGUUUAUUUUCUCAGAUGACAUAAUAUUAUCUAUGUAUGACUCGUUUGAUCGUGAUUUUUUAAAUU